AGCACCAUUCGAGAAAUAUCGUUCCUACCGUCAUACAGUUGAACGCAACGCAAAGAUUCGGACGCCAUUCGUAACGAUGAUCCAGCUCAAACGAGGAACAAACGGUGUGUGGUUCUGGACGCUGCUACUGCUGUUACUGCUGUCCGUUGGUCCUUCCCAUCAGUGGAGUUUGUUUGAUUGGUUUGGCGGAGGUUACAACGGCGAACUGAGUCACUUCUCGGGUGCUGUCGGGCGUGACGAUAUCCUGUGCGCGAAAAGAUUAGUUGGGCGAGGCACCCGGCUUCCGAUUAACAUUCCCUUCACGACAUCGAUUCCCAUCAGAGCUUACCUGGCCGAAGCGAGUGACUUCAACAGAAACGGAUUCCAGGUGGGAGUUCGGAGUGGCAACUUGGACAGCAACUCGGUAACUUUGUUCAUCGCUGGACCUAGGGCACUGCCAUACUACGUAAUGGUGGACUUUUUCUGUACCCCUUAGCGUAAGCACCUUGCCGAGGUUAACCUGACCGGUUACAAUAAAGUUAUUAUUAAACCAUUGUGAUGUGGUGUUCAGUU